AUGAGCCGAGGACGUGGCCGCGGACGCGGGCGCGUGCGCUUCGGCGGCAGUCACGACUCGAUGUUGGCCGACAUCAUGGACGAGACGCGCGAGGAUCUCGGCCUCUCGUACGCACAGAUGGAGAUGCUGCACGCGGAAGAAGGCACGGCGCUGUAUCCGCCCAUGGAGCUGCCGCAGCCCGAGGCGCUCACCGACAGUGAGGCCUAUUUGAUCCAGCGACAGCGGCUCUUGGCCCACAAACUCGAGAGUCUGUACCAUCCGUGGGAAGCCGAAGCUGUGGGUUCGGACGCAGCUGCUGCUGCUGCUGGUGGCGCUGGUGGUGGCGGUGGAUGGAAACACACGUCCGACGCGGCGGCGUUUGUGCACGUGACAGUGCCCGAGACACCGAAAGGCAAUGAGCUGUACGUGCCGGACGAGCUACAGGGCAAUUCGCUCCACGGCGGUCGCGCUGGCGCAAGAGGGCCGACCAAUCGCGCGAUCGUCCCGCCGCGUGCGUUUGAAACCGUGUUUAAAACACUGGAAGCGCAGGAAAAGAAGAUUGCGGACGACAAGGCCAAGGCAGGCGAACAGGAGGCCGAGGACGGCGUGCUGGACGAGGCCGAAGAGGACUUGGGCGACGACAUGAACGACUACACGUACGACUACUACGACAGCGACGCCGUGAGUCAGGACGGCGACGAAGAAGUGUUCUUCUAG